AUAGGAGAAGAGAAUCAUCGAAACAUCGAGAAACUAGUAAAAGGACAUAUAAAUAUUAUCGAAUAUAACAAAAUCAGUGUAGGGAACUACAUAACUGAUGGAGGAACGUAUCGAGUUCAAAAGGCAGUAUGGAACUCAAAAGGCAGUAGUGUAGUGACUAUUCUAAAACAUAUUAAAGAAAAGUCAGAUGAAACAAAGCACUCGGCAAUUAUCAGAGAGCUUAAGAUUUAUCACUCGGUAAAUGCGAAAAACGAUCAUGAAAAUUAUACAUUUUUUACAAUCCAUUCUUUCGAUGUAUCUGACCGUUUUAGUCGAUCACCCGAUGGAUCCUAUAUAAUAAUUCUAGAAUACGCCAACUUAGGAGAUUUACAUAAUUAUUUAACGAAUAACCAUUCCACGAUCACUUGGAGAGAAAAGAUUGACAUUGGUAAACAGGAACUGUGUUUCGAGAGGGAGAAAAGUGUUGUGACAAUUAUCCCCAUGAAUCAUCUAUUUUCAAAUUCACAUAUGAUGUAA